AAAAGAAGGGGAAGGUAUAUUGAAGCAAAAGAUGGAUCCGCCCGCGACUCCCGAGUCUGGACUCUUCCACCCGGCAAGGGAUUCGAUGCAGGUGCACUCCGAGACUCCUAGUGGCUGUAAGGGUUUCCUCCUUUUGUUUGAUUUAGGAGCGCCAUACCCUAGUUUAUCUUACCAGGCGUUACUCAUACGGCCUAAAUAAUUCCCUUAUAUUUUUUUAAUUUUUGGUCUUUACUUUCUCACGGCACUUUCUGGCUUGGGAUUUGGCUGAGAUUCAAGACUUUCUAGAUACUUCUUCGAACGAGGAUCACUUCUCCGAUGCACCAGAGGGUCCCGAUGCCGCUGCCGGAGGAGAUAAUACCAAGUUUCUAGUGGCAUCACCACAGUUCCUGCCGUCAUUGUCUUCGAUACCGCUGGUGCUUGUGGAGAAGAUUGAUGAAAGGCCGAGUCACGGGGAAGUGCCUGGUACGGAAGCAUUUGAGAAACGAACGGCGGAUGCGAGCCCAGACGUGAUACGUAUUCAACAACCGCCAGAUCUACUAGUUGCCGCUCCCGGGGUCGGUGAUCCUAAGGGCAAGGAGCAAGAAGUGGAAGAAGAAAGAAAGUCAGGGGCAGAAACACCAAGAUCCAAAGUCCCCAUUACCAUGGUCGAACGAGUCGAUUCCACCCCCGCUCACGGGGAAAUCCUAGGAACAGAAGCGUUUGCAAAGCGACUUGCCGACGCGGCACCAGAUGUUAUCCGAACCGCUACUUCCUCGCCCAUUCCCAUGACCGUUGUUUCCGUCAUUGACUCGGACAAGCCACUGUAUGGGGAGGUCCUUGGCACUGAGGCUCAUAAAAUGAGGGCUGCGGAUGCUCAGCCAGACGUGGUAGUUAAGUGGAACGAGGAGGAGGAUAAGAUUGCAAGGAGGGUUAGGGGUGAGAGGGAGAGGAUUGAAAAGUUGAUGAUGGAUCCUGGGAGAGCGAGGAGCGUGAGCCCCGGGCAGGGACCGGGAAGUGUGGUUCCCGUGGUGAAGGGGAGGAUGGACUCAGUUUCUAAGAUUACAUUGCCGAUUGGGGAAGUGAAGGGGAAGAAGGAGGGAAAGGCAAAGGAUGUUAAUGGGGUUGAAAAAGAGGGGGAGGGGGGCGGUGUGGUUGAGGAACAGUCGUUAAGGAGUCGAUCAUCGUCUAUUUCUUCACGGAAGUGUGGGUCACCUGUACUUGAUGAAAGCCCGGGAAUCAGUGUUGACGCCCUUAUCGGGGUGGGAGUUGAGGAGGCAAAGGAAGUAGCUGCGGAAGAAGCGAAGGUAGAAGAGGUUAAGGAAGAAGCUAAGGGCCAAGUAAUAGCUGAUAUUAAUGGGGGAGAUAAUGGAGAGGCGGGAGAUGAGGAGGAGGGCCGAGUAGCAAGGAGAGAAGAGGAAACUACAACAGAGGAAAACGAAACAAGGGGAGAGGGGGCGGGCGACGGCGACAAUGGCUUUGGGGAUGAUGACUUUGACGAUUUCGGCGAAGUUGUAGAAGGUGGGGAUUUUGAUGAUUUUGGAGGGUUUGGUGAAGCAGAGGCCUUUGUGCCACCGCCCAUUGAGGCAUCUCCGCCACCACCCCCGCCUCCACAAAUUCCGAUUAUUCCUGUACCGGUACUCGAUCUCGAGAAGCUGGAUAAUGAGGACACUAUCCGCCGAGCUGCUGCGGAGGCCAUGGCAAUAAUGUUCCCGAUCGACAAGGAAAAGUACCAAAACAUCUCUCCAAUAUCGAUAGACGACAAUGCGUUCCUCACGGAACGAAGGUUUGUCUAUCAUUUCCCUUAAUCCUACCUCCGCUAAUCACAUCACAGUCUGUCGCUCUGGAAUCAACUCUCCGCACCUCCGCCAUUACAGCCACCUAAUUGGAAGAUAUCUCGGAUCCGCCGUCUCUUCCUUGUCUCCCUUGGUGUGCCCGUAGACCUGGACGAAAUCCUCCCUGCCGAGACCAAACAAAAGAAGCUAGUCCUACCAUCCGUCAACAUCGCACGCAAGUCAAUCGACGGGAGCGCCAGUCGUAGGAAUUCACGCUCGAGGUCACGGGUACGUCGAUCUACUUCCUCCAGUCGGAGGAAAAGUGGGGUCAUCGGGCCAGAAGCAUUAGAUGUACCAAGCGCUCGUAUCCUGUGCUCCACAAGCGACGUUGCGCUCCAAGGUCUCACAGCCCAGGAAUUGAAGGAGCACAUCAAGAAGCUGGAAUCAAUCACCAGUACCGCAAGCGAGGUACUUACCUACUGGCUCAAGAAGCGGGAAGGCGCUAUUAGUGAUAAAGAAACCUUCGAAACCGUCAUUGAGAGUUUGGUAGGGUACGCCCGUAAGAAGCGGCAGAAUGGUUGAUGGUCACAUCUAUGUACACACUUGCAAAUCCCUUCCACUAAUCCAGGAGGAAGAAAAAAAAGUGCGGCACGGUUGUUCCUUUAUUGCUUGCUCAGGGGACGAACUGCCGCAUGGAGUUGGGAGGAGGGCGAUUGAGGGUUUUUGCACUGGGGCGCUUGUUCUCCUUUCCCUUUUCGUCCUUCCUGAAUUAUUUUUCUUGUAAUAUUAGUGACUACUGAACGAGUACCGGUAGGAUUCGCAGCGAGUCACCACUGUUGUAUCCUAUAGAAAUAAUAUCGUUAUGGUUCGUUGAAUUUCGCUCCAGCAGGAGUUGGUUUUUUUUUUUUUUUUAAUUGCCCUUUUUUCAGCGCUCUAGGCAGUGAAAAUGUGUAUCGGGGUACAUGCCAUGAUCCCCAACGCUUCCUCAUCCGACGAACAUGAUGCUACCUACCGUACAGGACUAGACGCAUCCCAUUAUGUCAGUUAUGUGAAAGAUUGGCAUGGCCCAAGUUGCAAUGAUGGGGCGCUGCAGGUGUUAGUCGGAAAGAUGGCGGCAGGGGCGUUAUGGGUUGCGCCUCUCGACAAUCCCUAGUGUUUUGUGAUGAUGGAUUGACGAAUGAAUGGAUGGGUGAAUGAGUGCGGGCUUGCAGCCACUGUGGAUGGC